AUGGGCGUCGCCAAAAGAACAAGAAAAUUCGCAACGGUUAAGCGCAUGAUUGGAAAACGGGAUGACCGUCGGAAGGAUGACGCCGUCAAGAAAGCCGAGAUGGAGCUGAAGAAGAAGAAGGAGGAGGCUGUCCGCGAAUUGCCCCAGAUGCCUUCAUCUAUGUUUUUUCAGCACAACACAGCUUUGGUUCCUCCGUACCAAGUCAUCGUAGAUACCAACUUUAUCUCUAGGACAGUGGGAGCAAAGCUUCCUUUGCUGGAAUCAGCAAUGGACUGCCUCUACGCCUCGUGCAACAUCAUCAUCACAUCUUGCGUCAUGGCUGAGCUGGAAAAGCUUGGGACAAAGUACCGGGUGGCGUUAAUGAUUGCCCGCGACGAGAGAUGGACACGCCUUACCUGUGACCACAAGGGAACAUAUGCCGAUGAUUGCAUCGUCGACCGCAUACAAAAGCACCGUAUUUAUAUCGUUGCGACAAACGAUCGUGACCUCAAAAGGCGCAUUCGCAAGGUCCCCGGUGUUCCUAUCAUGUCUGUCACCAAGGGGAAAUACGCUAUUGAGAGACUCCCGGGUGCCCCGGCCACAUGA